AGCUCAGAAUACAGCGUAUAUUGAUUGUUUGAAGUUGGACUACAAAGAGUAGCAUUUCCCUCUAUAAAGAGCUAGACUCUGAGACAGAUAUCACUUUUGCCAGAGUGUUUACUGCUGUUAAAAUAGUUGUCAACUCUCUGAAGUACUGACAAGAUGGACAGGACUUUUCUGCUGGUCUUGUGUCUAGUGACACUGUCUAACGUUCAGCUGGGACAGUCUCAAUGUGAUGUUGUAAGGAUUGCUGCAGCUGUGCAUGAAGUCGUAGGACCAGGUUUCGAGACUAUGCAGAAAGACCUGAAGAAUAUGAAGUCUGACAUGGCUAGCCUCACAAUACCGCCGCAGCAACUGUCCAUG